AUGCGCGAUUUCCUCUUCGCUAAACGCACAUUAUUUUCCCCUCAUUUAACGACGUCCAUUCGAUCGCCUUUACGCCAUCCCCUUCGUUUUUCCUCGUCGACGUCCCGCCGCGAGACUCAUGGGUCUGGCCCUGAUUCGAAGGACCCGGCGAUUUUCAACAAUAGCCUCUGGAAGACUCUGGAAGCCCACCGAUCGCAGAAUCGGAAUGGUUUGAUCCGCAAAGUCAUUUUCAAGAAUCCCCCCGAGGAGCAGUACUCCCUCCCGGAAAAUACCGCCGUGGUCCCGGAGGAGCAGCCAUCUCUAGAAGCCCACCGAUCGCAAAAACGAAAUGGUUUUAUCCGCAAAAUCAUUCGCAAGGGUCCUCCCAAGAAGCAGCCGUCACUCCCAACCGCCACACCUCGACGUGUCUUGACCUCAGAACGGCCCGCAUACGCCAAACAGAAGGCUUCCACACCAAGUACUACUGCCGGAUACUCAUCGGUAUGGGAAGGUGAGCAAGUGCGGUGGGCCGCGAGCUCGAAAAUAAAUCGCCCGGAACAGUCGCCAUGGAUGGCUUACGUGGGAGGACCACGCCACGCGCAGCUCCACGGCAUCUCGCAGCUAGAUGCAGAGGUGCGCGCGCUGGACAAGUACCUUUCCCCAAUAGCCCAGGAGCAGAAUCACGUGGCGCAAGUCGUCACGGAAGUGCAGGAUCUUAUUGCAGAUACUGUACCUCGCCCCCCUCUCCUGAUUGGGCCUUGGAGGACCGGGCUUGCCAUGAGCCAUUCGGCCCUGGAAUUCGUAUUGCCAGUACCCGACUCGGCACGAUCAAUCGAGAGAGAUCGGAAACCCAGCGCUACCCGACCGCAGGUGCUUCAAUCUUACGCCGACCUGCUCCGCAACGUCGAGAAUGCCCUUCGCCGGAGCUCAUUAUUUAGAGAUCAGAUUUGGAUAGACGGUAAACCAAACCCAGCCCUGACAGCCAUCCACCGCCCAACCGGUCUCAGAUUACAGUUCCGUUGCGGAGAAGGCCCCCCUUCUUCCAUCGAGUAUAUCCGGGAUUACCUCGCCGAGUAUCCCUCAGUUCGGCCGCUAUACAUGACUUCCCGUCUGAUGCUCGAGGCGCGGGGUUUAUUCAGCAUGCACAACCACUCCAUUACCACAAACGCUCUCGUGAUGCUCGUCGUCGGCUUCCUGAAGAUCAAUCACGGGCGGUUUCGGGCAUCGGGCGGCAGUCUCGGAGAGCAACUCCUAGGAUUUCUGCAAUUCUACGGUACUACAGUAGAUUUAACCACUACGGGGAUCUCUGUCGACCCUCCGGGCUGUUUCAACGCCGAAACCGUCAAGUCCGCCAGCAAGGAAUACGAUCUCGAUGACGUGCCUGCCUUCCUUCGUGGCCAACGAGCUCUCGUCAAUAUCAAAAGAACCGCCGCGUCCAGGGGCAAUGUGCCCAAGGCUUCGCGGCUUUGCAUCCAAGACCCGGCCAACUAUAUGAAUGAUCUCGGCCGCUCAUGCACGCGCACUUCGGACCUUCAAGCCGCGUUUGCGCAUGCAUAUAACCUGAUCAGUGCGCCGUUGGAUAAGCACAUUCGCCCCGGUGAGAGUCUGCUAGCGCCCGCUCUGCAGGCCAACUUCGAUGACUUCAGUCAAGUGCGCGCCCGCAUCAUCUAUUCCUACAGAGGUUCAACUGCAACAUCCGAUGUGGAAUAG